AUGUGCCUUUCAUUAAUCUUGGUCAUUCUUUGUUUUAUCUUUCCACCUCUCGCAGUUUUAAUCGUUCGAGGAUGUGACGUACAUCUUCUACUGAACAUAAUUUUUACGAUUCUGGCUUGGUUACCUGGUGUUAUCCAUGCAAUCUACAUUUGCUUCUAUUUUCAAUCUUCGCCUGCAUUCAAUGUUUGA